AGAAAUAAAAAAAAAUACGUUUUUUUUUUGUUUUUUUUUUGUUUUUGUUUUUUUGUGAAAGAACCGGAACCUCGUGUGUUUGAAAAACAAAAAUACUUUUUAGUUUGGGAGAUAUCAAGGCGCUUGGAUGUUGCAGAAUCUAAUGAGCGUUUUACUGACAAAGAUGGCAACACGAGAAGCAGAAGAAAUAUCUAAUCUUUUAUCAAUUAUCGCAGAAAAAGAUCGUGAAAUUGAUCGCUUAAAGAAUUUAGAAACAGCGCCAAAAGAAGUCUAUUCGGAAUCUGAUGUUGAAAACUUACAGAAGCCAUGCCAGCAUAAAUCAAAAUUGAGUAAUGGUGAAAUUUUGAGAUACAGUAGACAGCUUAUUUUACCUGAGAUAGGUGUGAAAGGACAGGUAUCACUGAGUAAUACAUCAGUUCUGAUUGUUGGUGCCGGAGGUCUUGGUUGUCCUGCAGGAGUGUAUCUUGCAGCAGCUGGAAUAGGUUGUCUCGGAUUGGUUGAUUAUGAUGAGGUGGAGUUGAGUAACCUGCACAGACAAAUUCUCCACUCUGAGGCCAAGGUCGGUGUACAGAAAAGUCUAUCAGCAGCUCAAGCCUGUAAUGGAUUGAACUCCUUUGUCAAGUGUGUACCAUAUCAUCUGCCUUUGAACAGCUCUAAUGCUCUAAAGAUUAUCAAACUAUAUGACAUUGUACUAGAUUGUACUGACAAUGUUGCUACCAGAUACCUACUCAAUGAUGCAUGUGUACUGGCUGGGAAACCUCUUGUCUCCGGAAGUGCUCUCAGGUUUGAGGGACAGUUGACAGUAUACAAUCACAAGGGUGGUCCAUGUUACAGAUGUUUAUACCCGAAGCCCCCACCUCCAGAGACUGUUACUAACUGCUCUGAUGGUGGCGUUCUUGGAGUCAUUCCUGGUAUAAUUGGUAGUCUACAGGCUCUAGAAGCUAUCAAAAUAGCUGCAGGUCUGGACAGUUCGUAUAGCCAGAAGUUACUAAUGUAUGACGGAUUAGAUGGAACAUUCCGCACAAUACGUCUUCGGGGUCGGCAGCCAAGUUGUCCUGUGUGUGGAGACACACCUACUAUAACAGAGCUCAUUGAUUACGAACAAUUCUGCGGAGCACGUGCAACAGACAAGGACAAGAGCAUACAGGUGCUAGGAAAAGAAGAAAGGAUUUCAGCAAAGGAGUACAAGUCGCUGCUGGACAGUGGUAAGCCCCAUGUGUUACUAGAUGUGAGACAGCCAGUGGAGAUGGACAUAUGUCAGCUACCUAAACCUGCUGUCAAUAUUCCUGUAGGAGAUCUACAUAAAUCAUCAAGCAUCGAUCAGCUGUCUGCUUCUAUAGACUCAGUGAGCCAAACAAAUGAAAACGUGCCUGUAAUAUGUGUUUGUAGAAGGGGAAACGACUCUCAACUGGCUGUUCAAAAAAUAAAACAAGAGUUAUCUAAUGAUAAAAUUGUGGUAAAAGAUAUUAAAGGAGGAUUGACAUCUUGGACUAAAACUGUGGACCCAGACUUUCCUACAUACUGAAAAUUACAUGAAGAGUGAUGAUCAGCUUUCAGUCAGCAAUGAAAAAAAAUUUGAGAAUUAUGUUACAACAACAGACACUGCAGGGAGACUUAACCUUGGUUUUUAGCUCAAUUAUUUGAAAAAUGUAAGCCAAUUUUGUGACCAUUGCAUUGGCAUCAUGUAAACUGGAUUCUCAUGAACUACAGUACUGAACUCUACACAAGUGCGCCUUCAUAAAAAAUCAUAGGCAGGUUGCGUAUGUAAUGCUUACCUUUUAACAAAAUCAAAGCCCUGUUCUUUUCUUCGAAAAUUUUCUUAAAGCAUUUAUAUAUGAGCUAGUGUUAUGUAGAAGUAUGCUUUGUUGUGCAAGCUGUCUAACAGUGAACUGUCUUAAAACAGCUGUCUUUUAAUAUACCAUAUACUAAAGUAUACAGAAUGGAUAUUAAAUAUGUGAUGAUA